CGAAGGGAAAGAGAAGAGGUUUCAUCGACUGACGAAGGAAUGGCGCUGCGAACAAGAGCUUCGUCGAGGAAGGCAGAAUACCCACGGGAGGAGAUGGUCGAUGCAGUUCCCAGUGAAUCCCCAGCUGAAGAAGGUGCGGAUGACGAUGAGUCAGGGCCCGAAGAGGAGAGCAACGUGAAGAGCCGGGCAGCUGCCAAGCAACAGACGAAGAAACAGAGGGAGGCCGAGAAGAUCAAAAGAGAGGCAAAGGCUGCUGUGAAUCGAGGCCGGGAUGAGGCUAGAGAGACGAGGCAGAAGGACCUCGAGACGAGAAAAAGCGCCCAGGAACCCUCGGCGGCGGACUUCAACGAGGAUGACGCUGUCCAGGAUAGUGAUGAAGAGGGACCUACAGGAGGGCUAAGUGAAGAAGAUGAGACAGGAUCGAGCAUCGAGGGGAGUGAAGAGGAGGAUGAAGCGAUGUACGACGUCGAAGAGGAUGAUCUCGACGCCGAUCUAGAUGAGGACAUGUCAUCUGGCUCCGAAAGUGGCGCAGAGCUUCCAGUGAGGGAAGACAGCGAGAAAGAGAGUCGAAAACCAGCUCGGGAGCAGGCAAAGACGAUCGCAUCAUCAAAAGGGAAGCCGAGUGUGGACAAGGCGGCCGCAGAAGAGAGUAAUCCAGACAAGCUGGAUCCUUCUCUCUUCUUUGCUUCCUUUUCCAAGGAUCGCCAACGCCCUUCGAAGCCGUCAUCGGUGGGAACAAAAAUUAAGUUUUCAGAACUUGAUGAAGAGGAGGCAUCAUUCCGGAGACAAGAGGCUGAACGGGAGCGAAGAAGAAAGAUCAAGAGAAAAGGUGGCGUCGUCAAAGGACGCGAUGGUCAGCCGAUGAGGAGGCUGAAGGAUGGGCGGACAGUGGUACGAGCGUCGGCUCCUUCCGCAACGAAUGGCGAAGAGGUCGGGGCAGAUUUACUUGGCGAGGAAAGACUAGCACCUCACCGACCUUUGGACUCGUUCGAAGCGCAGCCAAGCAAGGGGGUCAGAAACUUUAAAGAGCGCAAGCUUGGCUUCUACAACAAAUCCCAUCCGUCACAAGCGACUAGUGAACAGCCGCGGAAGAAGCAAAAGUUCAAUGAUGACCAUGGUGAUCUCGACGCUUUCAUGCUCGGUGGCAUAAGUAGCGGCAGGCUCACUGGCAAGAGAGAGAGGUCGGACAAGGGGAGCAAGCCAAAGAGGCAAGGAGACUCUGGCAGGAAUCGACGUCCAGCUCCCACCUUUGGCUUCGCCCGGUCUUGAAACUGCGUCGAGACACUCACUGUGUAUACUUAGAUUUACAAAUCAGAGGAUUGCGUUCGCAAUUCACAUAUAUUGACC